AUGAUAGAUAGAUUUAUAUUAUUAGAAGAACCACUUAAAGCCACAAUAGCUAUAAUUAAUAAAAACUUACCACAUAUUUCAAAUUCAGAAUGGGAAAUCUUACCUGAACUGGCAGUCAUCUUGAAACCAAUAGAAUCAGCAACUAGAAUCGUCAGUGGAGAACAAUAUCCUACAGCAUCUGUUAUGAUACCAUUAAUUUCUGGUUUAAAAAAUAUCUGUGAAAAAUUAAAGCAAAAGGACUUUUCCUUAAGUACGCAACAAAUAAUAUCCCACAUUGAAGAAGGAAUAUUAAAUAGAUUUGAAAAUAUAGAAAAUAAUAAUGUAGGGACUAUUAGUUCCCGGCUAGGGAGUUCUAGUCCCAGCCUAGCAAGCGCUAGUUCCCAGUCUAGGGACAUUUACCUAGAGUACGGCACGUACUUGGAGUGCUCGCAGAGAGCGCCCUAG